CUGUGAACUACACGGCCGGGGUGAUCCCUCCUUUGAUGGGAACAACCCGUGUGAUGCCCCUGACAGUGGUUCAUAAUUAUAAAAUUAAAUACCGCAUCCUUAGCUAGAAUGACUUGCAUAUUAACUUCCAUUCUAUAGGAGCCACGCAUGAUAAAGGUAUAAUGGCUAGCCAACCGACUUCAUCUGCUAUCGUUCCAUGUUCAUCAACUGCUGAUGAACCACUUGCUUUUUUCACUUGGAGCAUGAAUGGUCUGACCAGCACAAGAAGUCCAUGCGAGAGACUGCGACGUCGGAAGAAGGCCACCAGGUCCUGCUUGGAUUGUCGACGGUCUCAAAUGCGAUACAGAAAGAAACGAAUGUGUGCGCAAUGUAUCAAGCGCGAAAACCUACUGGAAUGUGUCAACAGCAACGACAAAAAACCAGAACAUCUCAAUGUUCUCACAAUCAAAUCUACGACAGCUGGCUCCCGCGGUGUCGUCCCUUCUCGGCGAGCUAUACAGCCCCAGAAAAGUUCAAAUGUCGACGUGCCGCAGUACAGAAAUCCAAAGACGAAUAUUCAACUGAGUUCGGAAACACAUGUGCAGGCCCAUGGGGAGACUGGAGGGUCAGGGUGCAUCGACCCGAAACUCCUCCAUUUUAAAAGCCCGGAUUACGGGAUUGAGCCUGAUGCGAGCACGAGAGAACUUCAGGCGCAGACGCAUGACGAUCCUGCUUCCGUCAAUCAUUCGCAGGACUCACCAGGGAAUGACAAACAGCCUAGUCCAUCCGAGCAAGAAAAAAGACCGCCCAAGGAUUGUUCAAGAGAGUCUUCCCCAGGCGGUUGGGGAAGUGAGGCUCUGAGUAAGCAGCCGUUUAAAAAUGACGAGGAACAUAAUAUCAAGGUCAUCCAGGAUAACCGCGGCAGCUGUGGAUUUGCAAUUAGCAGUGGCUGGUCGAGCACUUUCUUUCCCACCGCGUGAAUGACGAGUCUAGCAACGAGUGCAGGAUUGGCAUUGCGGGAUACAGUAU